AUGAUGUAUGUGGUCGUGGUAAUUCUGUUGCGUAAGAGGUUUAUUAAGACAUCAAGGGCUUUUGUUCCAUCAAUGAGCAAAAUGCAGAGCAACAAAAUCAUGCGUAGCAAUGUUACAAUGGGUAUGACAACGAUCAGUGCAGUUCUACUGCUCCUUAUUCCGGAUGUUAUGAUUUAUUUCAAUUGGCCCAUCAGUGAUAGUUCAGGAAAGCUAUUCCUAUAUUUGCUGAUAUUGAACAAGACACUAAUCAACUUUCUCAUAUUCUUCGUGCGGCAUCGUGAACUACGAGGGAUCUUUGUCGCCACAGGAUCGAGCGUUAUGCAGCCUCAUGCAUAG